CCCUGCGCGGCCGGUGCCGGGAGCAGCUCCGGGAACUACACUUCCCAUGGAGCUCUGUGCGCCGGCCGUGAGGGCUGCCGGGAAGGGCUAACGUGCGGGAGAACCGGUCCCGGGCGGCCGAGAUGGCAGGUCAGCGAGUGUUCCCACUUUCCUGUGUGGUGCAGCAUUAUGCCUGGGGGAAGAUGGGCUCCAGCAGUGAAGUGGCACGACUGCUGGCCAGCAAUGACCCACUGGCCCAAAUCGCAGAAGACAAACCAUAUGCAGAGCUGUGGAUGGGAACACACCCCCGGGGGGAUGCCAAGAUCCUUGACAAUGACAUCUCGGAAAAGACCUUGGGCCAGUGGAUUGCUGAGAACCAGGACUGCCUAGGCUCAAAGGUCAAGGACACUUUUGAUGGCAAGCUGCCCUUCCUCUUCAAAGUGCUUUCUGUGGAAACAGCCCUCUCUAUCCAAGCACACCCUAACAAGGAACUGGCAGAGAAGCUGCACCUCCAGGCUCCACAGCACUACCCUGAUGCCAACCACAAGCCAGAGAUGGCCAUUGCUCUUACCUCCUUCCAGGGCUUGUGUGGCUUCCGGCCAGUUGAGGAGAUUCUAACCUUUCUGAAGAAGGUGCCCGAGUUCCAGUUCCUGAUUGGGGAUGCUGCAUCAACACAGCUGAGGCAGAGCACGAGCAUCGACGCUCAGGCCGUGGCCUCUGCUUUGCGGAAUUGCUUCUCUCAGCUGAUGAAGAGUGAGAAGAAGGUGGUGGUAGAGCAGCUCAACCUGUUGGUGAAGCGGGUCUCCCAGCAAGUGUCUGCUGGAAACAACAUGGAGGACAUCUGUGGAGAGCUCCUGCUACAGCUGCACCAGCAGUAUCCAGGUGACAUUGGCUGUUUUGCCAUCUACUUCCUGAACCUGCUUACCCUGAAGCCAGGAGAGGCCAUGUUUCUGGAGGCCAAUGUGCCUCAUGCCUACGUGAAGGGAGACUGCGUGGAGUGUAUGGCAUGUUCGGACAACACAGUGCGUGCUGGCUUGACACCCAAGUUCAUUGAUGUGCCAACUCUAUGUGAGAUGCUCAGCUAUACCCCUACCCCCAGCAAGGACAGGCUCUUCCUCCCAACACAGAGUCAGGAAGACCCAUACCUCUUCAUCUAUGACCCCCCUGUGCCAGACUUCACCAUUAUGAAAAUGGAGGUCCCUGGCUCUGUCACUGAAUACAAGGUCUUGGCACUGGACUCUGCCAGCAUCCUCCUGAUGGUGGAAGGAACGGUGACAGCCAGCACUCCCACAGCACAGGCUGCAAUCUCCCUGCAGCGUGGUGGGGUGCUCUUCAUUGGGGCCAAUGAGAGUGUCUCACUGAAGCUUACUGUGCCUAAGGACUUGCUGAUGUUUCGGGCCUGCUGUCUGCUAUAGAGACAACUGCCUUGCUAGCUCUCCUCUGCCAGCCACUCUAGCUCCAGGCCACUCCAAGCCCUUUCUUUGUUUUGCACUGUGUGUGCACCCUAGAAAAGCUGGGGAAGUAAACCUGUGGGUUGUGACUUCCGAGCAUGCCCAGGCUAAACCAUCUUCUCUUGGGAUGAAAGGCCCAUUGGAGGGCUAAGGCCUGAUCCUUCUCUUGUAUUCUGUUACCACUCCUCAUCACACCUGAGCCAGGCUCUUGCCAGUUCAGGAGGCAACAGCUGUACUCCAGCCCACGGUAUGAGGCCGUCUAGUGAAAUCUGUGACCCAUCAUUACCUCAGCAUCCAUCAGAGCAAUUGGUAAGGUAUAAUUUAAGAACAAGGUUCUUGCCUUGGGACUACCUACUUAUUUCUUCAGCUGUAGAGGAUUGGGAAAGGGUAGGCUCUCUUGCUCUGUCAAAGCAAUUAAAGAUCACUUGUUUUGACCCUGUAAAGAA